UGAAAUUGGAGAAAAAUAGUGAAUGAAACGACGAUGCGUUUAACCUCUGGAAAUACAGGACAAUGAGAAUAUGCGACCGCUACUUCUUCUUCCUCCUCCGUCGUGUUACUGUUAGUUAGGGCUUUCUCAGCUUCAGAUUAUGCGUUUCUUCGAUCUCUUUCUCAUCACAUCAAACGACGUCGUACCCCAUCACCAUUCCAAUUCCUCCAUCGCUUCCUCUAGCUGAUCCGCGAAACCUAAAUUAUCGCCGUGAUCGCGCACGCGUGAAACGGUGUGGUUGUGUGUGUUCUGAGGUAGAAAGAAAGAAGAGUACUGAAUUGUCAACAGCAUGAAUUACCUUCUUGGAGCUUUCAAGCCGGCAUGCAAUGUCGUGAUCACGUUUAACGAUGGGAAAAACCGGAAGCAGGUGCCAUUUAAAAAGGAAAAUGGUCAAGCAGUUUCAGUGCCACUUUUCCAAAGUCAAGAAAACAUUGCUGGGAAGAUUACAAUAGAACCAAUGCAAGGGAAGAAGAUUGAUCACAAUGGCAUAAAAGUUGAGCUCCUUGGACAGAUAGAGAUGUAUUUUGACAGAGGAAACUUUUAUGACUUUACUUCCCUCGUACGAGAACUUGAUGUUCCUGGAGACAUCUAUGAAAGGAAAACAUAUCCCUUUGAAUUUUCUACUGUUGAAAUGCCAUAUGAGACAUACAAUGGGGUGAAUGUGAGGCUUAGGUAUGUCUUGAAAGUGACCAUUAAUCGUGGUUAUGCAGGAAGCAUAGUAGAGUACCAGGAUUUUGUGGUCCGCAACUAUUCUCCACCCCCGCAAAUUAACAAUAGCAUCAAGAUGGAAGUUGGAAUUGAAGAUUGUCUACACAUUGAAUUCGAAUACAACAAAAGCAAGUAUCAUCUGAAAGAUGUCAUUAUUGGUAAGAUAUAUUUCUUACUUGUCAGAAUCAAGAUAAAAAACAUGGAUCUUGAGAUUAGACGUCGAGAAUCAACAGGAUCUGGGACCAACACCCAUGUUGAGACAGAAACAUUGGCUAAAUUUGAGUUGAUGGAUGGUGCUCCUGUCAGAGGUGAAUCAAUCCCAAUCAGACUGUUCCUCAGUCCUUAUGAGCUGACACCAACCCACCAUAACAUUAAUAACAAAUUCAGUGUGAAGUACUUUUUAAAUCUUGUGUUGGUUGAUGAAGAGGACAGGCGGUACUUCAAGCAGCAGGAAAUCACAAUGUACAGGCUGCAAGAAACUUCGUGAUUAAUUAUCAUACAGUGAAUGAAUAUUAAGUUUGAUUAUCAAAAUAAAAGAAGAUUGCAACGGUGAGCUCUUGAAUUUGGAAAUGAAUCAUGCGAGUCCUGUUUUCAAAGGGGUAAAAUGGCUUGGUAUUCCAACAUGCUUGAAAUUCAAAACUUGCAAUGAUAUAUAUUGACUGAUCUCAUAUUCGUGCCUUGGCACUGCUCUAUAAUUGUUAGACAUACCAUCGCAGGAAGCAUCUGUUGUCUGUACUGGAUUGUUAAGAUCCAUGAGAAUGUGGUAACUGGUAACCAACUAUGUACUUGAAUGUGAAUUGUGAUACCUUAGUUCUCUGGUUUUUCUUAUCAGCAUUGCUUCACAUCACGAACAUAAUGAUUCAUUGUUCAGUUUAUUUUGAGCAGACUGAAUCUGAUGCAGGACUCUGGUUUGUUUAUGCAUUGAAUUUGCUUUUUUUUUGUCA